AGAGCACUUCGGAGUUGAACAGAUGCCGAUAAAUCCACUUGAGAUCAACGGACCAUAAAAGAAGGCGUAGGUACCAGGAAAAGGAAGAUACAGGUGCCCCUCGAUCAUACAACUCGUCGCAAGGAAUAUAGCACGACAGCAGACUUCCCCUCUUAAUCUUUCCCUGUCAUUCAGUUCAAAAAUCCUCCAUUCAUAUCUUAGCCCCAAAGUCCAAUCCGAUCAUAAGACUAGUUGCAAUACGCCAUGUCUGAAUACCAUACUACAGCUGCGAAUCGGUUCGACACGUUUAACAUCUACAGUACUUCCUAUAAGAAGAUUGGUGGCCAUGAAAUCGAAGUCAACGUCAUCGUACCGAAAAAUAUCAAGCCAGGGAAGCAUCCACUCAUUGUCAAGUUCCAUGGAGGAAGCCUAGUCACAGGCACUGCCCUCUUCCCAGAUUGGUUUGCUGCUUUCUUCGUUCCUUUCAUCCACCGCAAUUGCGCCAUAACCAUCAUGCCUAACUACCGCCUCCUCCCUGAGCAUAGCGGAAAGGAUAUCCUGGAAGACCUAUCCGACUUCUGGACUUGGUUCCAAACCUCCUUUCCCACAUACCUUUCCUCCAAAGACCCGACCAUCAGCCCAGACUUCAACCACCUCCUCGUGACCGGCGAAAGCGCUGGCGGCUACCUAGUCUUCCAAUCUGCACUCACCACUCCGAAAAACUUCAUCAAAGCGUGCAUUGCACAAUACCCCAUGACCAACACCCCCUGCCUCUCCAAAGGCUCUAUCCCAACAAUAUUCGGCCCGCUCCCUCCCCCAUCCCUCAUCGAUGACCACCUCUCUACCAUCACCCCAGGUACCACCAUUACCAGCGCCAUUCCACCCACCCGUAUCCCGCUCUCCUUCGCGCUCUUCGCGCAUGGCCGCUACGAGGAGUUUUUCGGAAAGGGGAAGGAGCUUUGGCCGAUCACGGCAGUAGAAGGGGCAGCUUUUUUCCCGCCAAGUUUUAUUAUUCAUGGAACGGAAGAUGAGGCGGUGAGUGUGGAAGAUAGUAAGGCCUUCGUGGAGAAGGUGGAGAGUGUUGUGGAAGGGGCGGAGAUGAGACUAGCGACGAGACCUGGAAAUCAUGGGUUUGAUGUUCAGUUGAGGGAAGAAGAUGAGGGAUGGUUGAAGGAAGGAUUGGCGUGGGUUGAAGUGGCGUGGUUGGCUUGAGGGUAGAAGCACUGAUUGUUUUGAUUCUCUUUGUGAGUAAUUGUAUGUACUCGAGUUCUAGAUUUU